AUGGGAGCGUACAAGUACGUGUCGGAGCUAUGGAGGAAGAAGCAGUCGGAUGUGAUGAGGUUUCUGCAGAGGGNUAGGUGCUGGGAGUAUCGCCAACAGCCUUCGAUCGUUCGUCUUGUUCGUCCCACACGUCCUGACAAGGCCCGUCGUCUCGGCUACAAGGCCAAGCAGGGGUUUGUGGUCUACCGUGUCCGUGUGAGACGUGGAGGUCGCAAGAGGCCUGUGCCUAAGGGUAUUGUGUAUGGUAAACCCACCAACCAGGGAGUUACUCAGCUCAAAUUCCAGCGCAGUAAGAGAUCUGUUGCUGAGGAACGUGCUGGUCGCAAAUUGGGAGGCCUUAGAGUUGUCAACUCCUACUGGCUCAAUGAGGACUCUACCUACAAGUACUAUGAGAUCAUCCUAGUUGACCCUGCACACAAUGCCAUCCGGAAUGAUCCAAGGAUCAACUGGAUCUGCAACCCUGUGCACAAACACAGAGAACUCAGAGGGCUUACCUCAGAAGGAAAGAAGAAUCGUGGUCUUCGUGGAAAGGGUCACAACAACCACAAGAACCGUCCUUCCCGCAGGGCUACCUGGAAGACAAACAACACUACCUCUCUCCGUCGUUACCGAUGA